AUGGCUAUUCCUCGAACAAGGGCCGCCCUUGCCCUCAUCGCGCCCUCGAAACGGCCCCUCCCAUGUCUCCUCUGCCAGUGGAACCGCAGCUUUUCCGCGACCUCUCGACGCGCGAUUCCUGAUUCGAAACCUUCGGCGCCGCCCGAGCCUGAUGCUGCCCAAACGAAACCAGCCAGGCCUUCCAUCCGCGCCGAGCAUGUCCCGGCCGGAGCGGCCAUUGAAGCCCCGAGAUCCUACGGCAGGCGCGUUGACAACUUCACUCCCCAGCCCCUCCCCGGCCCAUCGGUAUGCCUGAACCUCCGAUGCCCGGCGAAAAUACGGGACUCGACUUGCGCUCCAUCCGUGAGCGUCGCGAUGACUUUGUCGACUACGAUAAGCACCUUGUUCGGCGCAAGCAAUUAUGGCCUCGAGCGCGAUACCACCCCUCAGCUUUGGGGCCGCGCCUCCGUCGUCGCCAUCUUCAGCAGCAAAUGGGGCGAAGAGCAGGUCGAUUCUCUCAUCUCGGCAAAGGCCAACCCAGAGCUAGGACAGAUCCUAGAUAGCGAUCCCGUUCACGGACAGAUAGUACGGAUCAACGUUGAGGAUAACUCGAUGAAGGCGUGGCUGAUUAGCAUGUUCAUGGGCUCCCUGAGGAAGAGCCUUGGCCAGGAAAACUGGGGCCGCAAGGUCGGGUAUACCUAUCUUGUCGAUCCUCAAUGUAGGAUACGCUGGGCGGCGAGCGGUACGGGCUUGCCUGAUGAGCAAGAAGGCCUCGUCAAGGGUUUCCGGAAGCUUGUGGGCGAGGCGCGCGAGAUUGGCGAGCAGAUGGCAGCUGAGCAGAUGGCUGCCGAACAGAUCCAACCCCAGGGGGAAGAGCCCCCACAAAACUGUAAAUCACCGACUGAUCCUGCAAGGACUCGAAACAUAAAGUGUUCACAAAAGCGAUUUGUAUAG